AUUCCGCAGCUGCGAGGGCGAGGCCUUGGCACUGGCGGAGCCCGGGGGCGGAGUGCGCGGGGCCAGGUCCUGAGCUCCGGGGCAGCGCUCCGCCAUGGGAUCCGCCGCGCGGAGGGGACGCGCCGCGCCCGCCGCCAGGGACUGCCUGCCGGUGCUACUGCUUUUCUGCCUGCUCCUGAGGACCUGUGAACCGAAAGCUGCAAACGCCUUUAGACCAAAUAUCCUACUGAUCAUGGCUGACGACCUGGGCAUUGGGGAUCUCGGUUGCUAUGGGAACAAAACGCUGAGAACGCCGAAUAUUGACCAGCUUGCAGAGGAAGGCGUGAGGCUCACUCAGCACCUGGCGGCCGCCCCGCUGUGCACCCCCAGCAGAGCCGCAUUCCUCACGGGGAGACAUUCCUUCAGAUCAGGCAUGGAGGCCAGCAAUGGAUACCGGGCCCUCCAGUGGAAUGCGGGCUCAGGUGGACUCCCCGAGAACGAAACCACUUUUGCAAGAAUCCUGCAGCAGCGUGGCUAUGCAACUGGCCUCAUAGGAAAAUGGCACCAGGGUGUGAAUUGUGCAUCCCGUGCGGAUCACUGCCACCACCCCCUGAACCACGGAUUUGACUAUUUCUACGGCAUGCCCUUCACGCUCACCAACGACUGUGACCCAGGCAGGCCCCCCGAAGUGGACGCCAGCCUCAGGGCACAGCUCUGGGUUUACACCCAGUGCCUGGCGCUGGGGAUUCUCACCGUGGCUGCCGGCAAGACCUGCGGUCUCAUCUCUGUCUCUAGGACAGCAGUCGCCGGCAUGGCCGGCCUGCUCUUCCUGUUUUUCAUCUCCUGGUACGCUAGCUUUGGGUUUGUGCGCCGCUGGAACUGUAUCCUGAUGAGAAACCAUGACGUCACGGAGCAGCCCAUGGUUCUGGAGAACACAGCGAGCCUUAUGCUAAAGGAAGCCGUUUCCUAUAUUGAAAGACACAAACAUGGGCCAUUUCUCCUCUUCCUUUCCUUGCUGCAUGUGCACAUUCCCCUUGUGACCACAAGAGCAUUCCUGGGGAAAAGUCAGCACGGCUUAUAUGGUGACAAUGUGGAGGAGAUGGACUGGCUCGUAGGUAAGAUUCUUAAUGCCAUCGAAGACAAUGGUUUAAAGAACUCAACAUUCACAUAUUUCACCUCUGACCAUGGAGGACAUUUAGAGGCAAGAGAUGGACACAGCCAGUUAGGGGGAUGGAACGGAAUUUACAAAGGUGGGAAGGGCAUGGGAGGAUGGGAAGGUGGGAUCCGCGUACCUGGGAUCUUCCGCUGGCCCGGGGUGCUCCCAGCUGGCCGAGUAAUUGACGAGCCCACGAGCCUGAUGGACGUGUUCCCCACCGUGGUCCAGCUGGCGGGCUGCGAGGUGCCCCAAGACAGGGUGAUUGACGGCCACAGCCUGGUGCCCUUGCUGCAGGGAACUGAGACACACUCGGCACAUGAGUUCCUGUUUCAUUACUGUGGGCAGCAUCUCCAUGCAGCACGCUGGCACCAGAAGAACAGUGGAAGCGUCUGGAAGAUUCAUUACAUGACCCCACAGUUCCACCCUGAGGGAGCAGGGGCCUGCUACGGCCGAGGCAUCUGCCCGUGCUCCGGGGAGGGCGUGACCCAUCACAGACCCCCUUUGCUCUUUGACCUCUCCAGGGACCCCUCUGAGGCACGACCUCUGACCCCUGACUCUGAGCCCCUGUACCACGCUGUGAUGGCAAGGGUGGGUGCAGCGGUGUCAGAGCAUCGGCAGACCCUGAGGCCUGUGCCCCAGCAGUUUUCCAUGAGCAACAUCGUGUGGAAGCCAUGGCUGCAGCCGUGCUGUGGAAAUUUCCCAUUCUGCUCAUGCCGCGAGGAUGGGGAUGGCAUCCCCCGAAUGCCAGCACUGUGAGAGAGGAUCCACUGCCGCAAACAAAAUUCUCCAAACUUGCUUCUAUCUUCAGCUUCCCUUUUGCAAGGAACAUGCCCUGGACUGAGAGUGGGCCCCUAUUUUCUUUUUUUCUUUCUUUAUUUCUUUUUUUUUU